GUGUAUGAGAUGAGCGAAUAUCUCUCUUAUAACGUAUCCCCUCCUACAAAAGUAUACUAUUUAGUUUAAAAUAAUGUUUUUUAUCAUAGUUUAACAGAUUUUUGGAGGGUAAACUGUAAAAAAUAAAAUAAUUACAUACUUAAUACAUUUCUUUACAUUAGGUCGCAGCCAUCAAAAUUCAAGCCAACAGUUAUGAAUACAUUGUAAAUUAUUCAUCUGAUUAUCAUAAUUUUAUGUAUCAACCGGCAAAAAAACACAAUCCACUGUAUUUUUAACAUUAAACAGGACUGGAAAUGUAACAAAACAACGAUCUGAAGAUGGAAAUGUAUUAUAGAUUAUUGUAUCAGUAGUCAAUUGGUGCUCUUUUAAGAACGUUACUUUCAAGGCAGAGUAAAUAAUUUCAUAUAAAUAGUUAUUUUACAUAGAUAAUAUGUAUUGUAUUAAAAAAGCUUUGAAGUGCGAGCAAUUAUUAACACUCAUAAAGAGAAGUAAUAAUGUAUCUACUAUGAAGUUAACCCAAACAAUUAAUAACAUGCCUCGUCCAAGAACAUUACCAUUGAUUGGUACAAAAUUGGAUUUUUUUAUUGCUGGAAGCGGAAAAAUGUUACAUGAAUAUAUCGAUUUACGGCAUAAACAAUUAGGACCGAUAUUCUGCGAGAAGUUGAAUGGAAAUUUACCUCUUGUAUUUGUCAGCAAUCCAAUGACAAUGAGAACUCUCUUUUUAAAUCUAGAAGGAAAAUAUCCCACUCAUAUUUUGCCAGAGCCCUGGGUUUUAUAUGAAAAAAUUUAUGGCUCUAAACGAGGUCUUUUUUUUAUGAAUGGAGAGGAAUGGGCUAAGAAUCGUACUAUUAUGAAUAAACUAGUACUAAAAGAUGAUUCUGAAAAAUGGCUUGAAACUCCCAUUAAACAAACUAUAGAUAAUUUUAUAGAGCAAUGGAAAGCAAAAAGUAAAAAUGGUUGUUUCAUUCCUGAUUUAGAAUCAGAUUUUUAUAGAUUAUCAACAGAAGUCAUUAUCAGUAUAUUACUUGGCGCAAAUGGACUUAUUGUAAGAGGCAAGUACUUCGAAGAGCUACUGGGACUGUUUUCUGAGAAUGUGAAGAAGAUUUUUCAAAAUACAACUAAGUUAUAUGGACUACCAGUUGCAUUGUGUCAAUAUUUUGAUUUAAAAAUAUGGAAAGAUUUUGAGAACAGUGUAAAUUCAUCAGUUGCGAUAGCGCAAAAAAUAGUUCAAGAAAUAUUGAAUAAGCAUCACAAAAGUACAGGAUUAGUUAGAAAAUUGACUGAAGAAAAUGUUCCUGACGAAGAUAUUAAGAGAAUAGUGUCUGACUUUGUUAUUGCCGCUGGAGAUACUACAGCAUAUACAACUUUGUGGAUUUUGUUUUUGUUAUCUAAAAACGAUGCUGAAAGGAAUGAUAUUCGUGGUAAAGAUAAAACUUAUAUAAAGAAUGUGAUUAAAGAAUCAAUGAGGUUGUAUCCAGUGGCUCCAUUUUUAACAAGAAUUUUACCGAAACAAAGUAUUUUGGAAUCGUAUUUCCUAAAUUCAGGGACUCCAAUUAUAGCAUCUAUUUAUACAUCUGGACGCGAUGAACAAAAUUUCAGUAAAGCAAAUAUGUUUCUGCCUUACCGCUGGGAUAGAAGUGAUCCACGAAAAAAAGAAUUAAUUAAUCAUGUCCCAUCGGCUUCGAUGCCUUUUGCUUUGGGAGCAAGAUCUUGUAUAGGGAAAAAGAUCGCCAUGUUACAAUUGACUGAAGUCAUAUAUCAGAUUGUGAACAACUUCGAAUUUACUUGUAGCAACGGCGAUGAUAUUAAAGCUGUUACUUCACAGGUAUUAGUACCAGAUAAAGAUAUUAAAUUAGUAGUGUCAACGUUAGAAAACAAAAUAUGAUAUAUAAU